CAUAAAGGGGCUUGGCUAAGUUGCAAAGCAGCUAUGGAACCAACAGAGAGAGAGGCUGUGGAGCUGUGCAGAAAAAACAGGAAGGCAUUAGCCCAGGGUAGUGUGUCCAUAGUCCCCACUUGUCCAUCACCACAUCCUCCCUUCACCUCAGGGCUGCAGCUCCUCCACCUAUGCCUCCUCCGGGCCCAUAUCCUGUGCCCCUCUCCCUUAUCAUUCUGAUCCUGCCAGUUUCUACCACGCCUCUGUCCGACCUUUGCUCCGUGCUCCACGCUUGUUUUCCUCUGGACCUGGGAACCGCCGGCUUACUUUCACUCACUGCCUGCUCUUCGUAACACCUCACCAUGUGUACGGGAAAGUGUGCCCGCUGCGUGGGGCUCUCCCUCAUCACCCUCUCCCUGGUCUGCAUCGUGGCCAAUGCCCUCCUGCUGGUGCCUAAUGGGGAGACCUCCUGGACCAACACCAACCAACUCAGCUUGCAAGUCUGGCUCAUGGGCGGCUUCAUCGGCGGAGGCCUGAUGGUACUGUGCCCGGGAAUUGCAGCUGUUCGGGCAGGGGGCAAGGGCUGCUGUGGUGCUGGGUGCUGUGGAAAUCGCUGCAGGAUGCUGCGCUCGGUCUUCUCCUCGGCGUUCGGGGUGCUUGGUGCCAUCUACUGCCUCUCGGUGUCUGGAGCCGGGCUCCGAAAUGGACCCAGAUGCUUAAUGAACGGCAAGUGGGACUACCACUUCCAAGACACCGCGGGCGCUUACUUGCUCAACGGCACUUUGUGGGAUCGGUGCGAGGCGCCCCCUCGCGUGGUCCCCUGGAAUGUGACGCUCUUCUCUCUGCUGGUGGCCGCCUCGUGCCUGGAGAUAGUACUGUGUGGGAUCCAGCUGGUGAACGCGACCAUUGGUGUCUUCUGUGGCGAUUGCAGGAAAAAACAGGUGAAAUGGCUUGCGGUGGAGUUGUAGAGGGAACCUACCUGGUCCUGGCUGCGUUCUCACCUUCUCUUUUCCGCAGGACGCCACUCACUGAGGCUCCACUGACCGCCCGGUUACACCUGCUCCCUCCUGGAUGCCUGCCUGGCUCUCUCACUCCCUGGCUCGCUAGAAUAAACUGCUUUGAGCUCUCUUCCCUGUCUCAGACUGUGCCUUCUGUUAGAAGAAAUGU